AUGUCGUCCAUCACGGCCCAUCUUAUGCGCCGGGGUACGGAAUUCGCCUCCGCCCAUCUGAGCGAUCCCGAGAAGCAGCCGCAACAGAUGCCCGGGGCCUUAGUCGCCAUCGUCGUUCUGACCAUCCUGGUGGUUGGUCUGGCUGCAUGGGGGGUGGAAUAUACAUAUGGCAAUGUCGUGGCAACUCUUGCCGCCAUCGAGGACUCGAAUCCCGACAUCUACGUCCGUAUUGACAACCCGACCGAUCACGAUGACCCGACCAAGCCGUUCGAUCCGAAUGAGCCGGAGCAGGGUGCGCUACCCCGGCCCCAGCCCAUCACCAGCAGUUUGCGGUCAACGAUCCGGCAUCUGCGCGCCCGCGCUGGAUUCUGGUCGCGCUUUCGUGGAUUGUCCAUGUACCUGACCUACGGGUUGGCCCGGGGCUUCAUCUCCGGCAUCGUCCCCAUUCGUAGCAGCUCCUUCCUCGCCCAGUUCUUCGUGCAGUCCUUCGUGAGCGUGCUUCUGUCGACUUGGCAGAUGGCCUGGGUGCAUAUCGUCAUUUCCGAGCCCUUCCCCAAGCGUUUCUACCAGCGUAUCCCCAGCUUCCGCACUUGGGCCAAGAUUGCUCCUGCCGCCGCCCUGGAAGAUGUCUUGACCGCAGCCGCCUUCUUCCUGCCGAUGGCUGUCGCCCAUGUGGCGGGCUGGGUUGAUUCCGCCCAUGACGACAACCGGUACACUCUGUCGGACCUGUACCGCUUCUUGGCGGUUAGUGCCGUGCCCGCGCUGCUGGCGUUUUUGAUCUCCAUCCCGGCUCGGGUGAUCUUCAUUCGGGUUGCCGCGUCCAUGCUGCCUGAGGAAGAUGAGACCAUCGUUCCUUUCGAUCGCUCCUUUGGUGGCAAGGUCCAGCCCCAGAUUGUCGGUGGCAGCGGCAAAAUUGGCUUGCUUGAUGCUUGGAAAACCUUCGACUGGGCUGCUCGUGUCCGUUUCGUCAAGGUGAUCGCCAAGACCGUCGCCAUUGAGAUGGCACUAGGCGUGCUCGCUGGCCUGGUGCUCGGCGUUUCGAUCUUUACCAUGGCUCCGGAUGCGGUCCCGGCCGACGGCUCUGUGAAGCCUUCGAUCGUUUAA